AUGGCGAGUAUCCUCAAGACGCAGAAGACGAAUGCAUCUAAAGCAGACGCCAAGGGCAAAGGAAAGCGCAAGGCGGAGGCCAUGGACAUAGACGAAGAGGUACAGGCCCCCGUUCCGAAGAAAUUGAAGAACAAGCAACGAGUACUGCUCCUAUCGUCCCGAGGGAUCACACACCGCAUGAGACAUCUCAUGAAUGAUCUGGAAACAUUGCUGCCACAUGUCAAGAAAGAUUCCAAACUCGACUCCAAGAACCACCUACAUCUCCUCCCCGAGCUCGCCGACCUGAACAACUGCAACAACACUUUGUACUUUGAAGCGCGGAGACAUGAAGAUCUUUACAUAUGGGCUGCAAAGACACCGAAUGGUCCGAGUAUCAAAAUGCAUGUGCAAAAUGUGCACACCAUGGACGAGCUCAAGAUGACUGGAAACUGUCUGAAGGGGAGCAGGGGCAUCGUGAGCUUCGACAAGGAGUUCGACGAGACAGAGUGGGGCAGGCUCACGAAGGAGGUCUUCACGCAUAUAUUUGGUGUACCCCCACAAGCACGAAAAGCAAAACCCUUCAUCGACCACAUUCUCACAUUUUCUAUUCUCGACAACAAGAUCUGGUUUCGUAACUUCCAAAUCGUCGAGAAGGACCCUCUUCAACCGAACGGCCCGCCGCAGACAUCCCUCGUAGAAAUUGGUCCCCGCUUUGUACUUACGCCCAUUCGUAUAUUCGAAGGAGCAUUCAGCGGUGCGACAGUGUAUUCUAACCCUGAGUUCAUCUCCCCAGCCGCCGUACGGUCAGCGCUCAAGAGGGAGAAGGGAGACAAGUAUGGCAAACGGAAAGACGCAGAGCAGGAGAGAGUCGGCAGGAAAGAACUCCGUCGGCUCGAGGAGGAUGAGUUGGCCGUUGCCAAGGUCUUCUCAUAG